CAGGCUGUUUGCGCUGGCGGGCUGUGAAUUCCCCGGGCGGUCAGUCGGACAGUGAUGUUUCAAUCAGGGCUCCUGUGCCCUGCCAGCCGCUCUGCGGGAACCACAGAGGCAGGAUCUGGCCCCACCGUGGUGGUGUCCCCCCGUCUCCCCCAGCCCUGCUCUGGGGACCCGGCUGGUGGGUGCCAGCCUCCACCUGCCAUGCUCAGCCAGGGGGAUGGCGUGCGUGGUGUCCCCCAGGUGUGCCACGCUGGGCAGAGGGGCUUUUUGGGGUGAAGGAGAGGUGUCAGAGCAAGGCUGUGUAUUAUUAACCCCGUAAUGGCUGCCACUCGCAGGUGGGCACCUGUGGGUAUACUGUGGCACCAACAGAACCAGGGGGCCUUUUUAUGGACCCCAUUUAUUCUGCCCUGGGAGUGAUGCUGUGACAAGGGACGCUCAGUCCUGGCUCUUGGUACCCAGGGAGCGAUGCUUUUCCCUCCACUGGGUCCCUGACACCUCCCUGGUGGGUCAAGCCUACCUGGGCAGUUUGGGGACCGCUUUAGCCGGGGUCCUGCUGCCUUACAAGACCUGCAUUAAUGUUUUUACUGUGCUGGAUACCUGGGCCACUUCCAGGGGCGGUAUUUAACGCAUGGAAGGGAAAACAUUUGGCCUCUGACCCAAACGCCUGUUAACAAUGUCGCGGUCCACGUUUCUGAGAUGCCGGGGCUAAAAACAGUCCCAGUGACUCAGUCUCUCGCUGGCAUUGUCAACUGACCCUGGCUUUCAUUUGCCAAGUCCCUCCGCCUUCUCCUUCUCCCUUUCAGGGCUGCGUGCUUGCCGCACAGGGAAGGUGCCUCUGGAUGGGGCUGGGGUGGCUCUGGCCAUCCACCUGCCUGACCCAUCUCUUGCCUGACCCGUCUCCGGCUGGGUGGGUGAUGGGGAGGGCAAUGCUGCUCUCUGGGGUUGGAAACGGGGCCGUCCCCGCUCUUUUCCCACCACCCCAUCCUCAUCCCAGAGGGGCGUAGGCUGGAUGGGACCCCUGGAGCCUCUGGUCCAGCCCCAAGUGUGGCCGACGUUGGCGUUGGAUCGGGGUCUCCAAGCAUGGAGGUUGCUCCGCUACCAGGGUUUGGCCACCUUUAUGGUGAGGAAUCCCCUUCUGAUACCCUGGGUUGGACCCUGUGCCACUGCCCCUUUCUGGGGCUGCCAACCACAGCACUGCGCUCCUCCACGUGCCGAUGAAGAUGAAAGGACCCCGGCCUCCUUCCUGCUGGGUGCCAGCAUUACCCGACCUCUGACACCACGGCUAUGCUGACAUGGCAUAAGUCAUUCCCGCGGUGGCCUUGCCAAGUCAGGGCGAGUUCCCCAAGGGAGAAACUGUGGGGCUGGUCCCAGCUGCGCGGGAGUAGAAGGUUGCUGGCCAUGCUGCUGGCAUGGUGGCACGGUGGCACAGCAGUGGCUUGCUGGCCUGGCCCAGGAAAGCUUCUCCAGGGGGGAAGCAGGGGAGCUUGAUCUGCUCAGGGUGUGCAGGGAGGUGCUGUGGUGCCCUCAUGGGAUGCUGGCACCCCCAGCAUGGGUGCAAAGGGGAUGCGGUGCAAAGAAGAUGCAGUGCAAAGCAGCUUCGCACAACAGGGCCGUGGGGGGUGUCCCCGGCAUCGUGCCAGCUGCAUGGGGUGUCACACAGGCAUCCUUGUCAUCCCUUUAUCCUGGCUGGUGCUGGCCAUCGCUGGCAUCGCCAUCCUGGUGGGGACCAGCUGUGGGUGCUGGAGGGGACCACAUAUGCUGCCCAGCGGGGCCAGAUCUGGCUGCGUGAUGCUGGUGCUUAGUCUGCAUCUGCUCGGGGCACACGGAGGGUGAGGGGUCCCUGUGCCAGGUCCCCUGGAGUCACAAGGGAUGGCUUUUGCCCCUCAGUGUGUUUGCAGGCAGGGAUGCCACUGCAGGAGGGGACAUGAUGGGGUCUGGCAUCCCGGAGAGCCCAGCGGCGGUGGCUGCAUCUAUUUUUGCCAUGCUUUUUCUCAGCUCAGUUGCUAACUCCUGUGUUGCAGUGAGAAAAACAAACAGGUUUGGAGGUUUUUUGCAACUUCCCCCCCCACCCCCCUGCACACCCUGUGUGGCUGCUACCACAUUAAAAGCGGGGUCCUGAAAAUGAGGAAACACGGGACCAGGGCUGGCCCCAGCAAGGAGCCCGGAGGAGCUGCAACCAACUGGCCCUGGCACCUGGACCCCCCCAGCCCUGCCAUCCUGUGUGCAGGGUCACCUCUGUGCCCGGUGGGCACCCGUGUCCCACCCCCUCGCUGCACCAUGGCGUCCCGCAUCGGUCUGCGGAUGGAGCUGAUGAAGCAGCAAGCGCAGCAGGAGGCCGAGAGGGAGCGCGUGCAGCAGCAGAUGAUGAUGAACUACAUGCAGCAGCAGCGGAUGCCGGUAGCCUCCACCCCGGCCAUCAACACCCCCGUCCACUACCAGUCCCCACCGCCCGUGCCUGGAGAGGUCCUCAAGGUCCAGUCCUACCUGGAAAACCCCACCACGUACCACCUGCAGAAGUCGCGGGAUAAGAAGGUUCAGGCUUAUCUCUCUGAAACCUAUGGGAACAAGUUUGCUGCCCACGUCAGCCCCGUCAGCCACUCGCCCAAGCCACCCCCCGCCGCGUCCCCCGGCGUCCGACCCAGCCACGUCAUGUCCUCCUCGGCGGGCAACAGCGCGCCCAACAGCCCCAUGGCCAUGCUCAACAUCAGCUCCAACCCCGAGCGGGAGUUCGAUGAGGUCAUCGAUGACAUCAUGCGCCUGGAUGAUGUUUUAGGCUAUAUGAACCCUGAAGUCCACAUGCCCAACACACUGCCGAUGUCCAGCAGUCACAUGAAUGUCUAUAGCGGGGACCCCCAAGUGACAGCCUCCCUCGUAGGUGUCACCAGCAGCUCCUGCCCUGCCGACCUCACCCAGAAGAGAGAGCUGACAGAUGCUGAGAGCCGAGCCCUGGCGAAAGAGCGCCAGAAGAAAGACAAUCACAACCUGAUUGAGAGACGGCGAAGGUUUAACAUCAACGACCGCAUCAAAGAGUUGGGGAUGCUGAUCCCCAAGGCCAAUGACCUGGACGUGCGCUGGAACAAAGGGACAAUCCUGAAGGCGUCUGUGGACUACAUCAAGAGGAUGCAGAAGGACUUGCAGAGGUCGCGAGACCUGGAGAAUCACUCGCGCCGUCUGGAGAUGACGAAUAAGCAGCUGCUGCUCCGCAUCCAGGAGCUGGAGAUGCAGGCGCGUGUCCACGGGCUGCCCACAUCCUCGCCCUCGGGUGUCAACGUGGCCGAGCUGGCUCAGCAGGUGGUCAAGCAAGAAGCCAGCGGGGACGAGGGGACGCUGGAGCCACUGCUGCCACCCCUGGACCCCGAAUCGCAGCCGCAGCCAGCGCUGCCUCCACCACCCCAGUCUCCCUACCACCAACUGGACUUUACCCACAGCCUGAGCUUCGACGACGGCUCCCGGGGCUUCCCGGACAGCCUGGAGCCUGGUCACAGUGCUUCCUUCCCAUCCCUAUCCAAGAAGGAGCUGGACUUGAUGCUGAUGCAGGACACCAUGCUGCCCCUGGCCUCCGACCCCUUGUUCUCGGCCAUGUCCCCGGAGGCUUCCAAGGCGAGCAGUCGCCGGAGCAGCUUCAGCAUGGAGGAUGCAGACAUGCUGUGACGAGGAGCUGCUCUGGUGCUGGGAGCGAGGACUGGACCUUCGAGUUUGGUUAGUGAAGUUACAGGGCACUUACUCGCAGGAGGAGCCCGUCCUGCCACGCACUUGAAUCUACGUAGGAGUACCUUUUCUCUAUGCAACGGGGGUCUCGGAUCAAGGCUCGCCGGGUACCGCCGUGUCUUUCGCAAGCUUUUUUUUUGCCAGGAGCUGGAGCGGACCUUCUUGGCUUGCUGUGGCGUUGGCCUGACUUGCAGAUUCCCCAGCCUGGGAGUGUGAGCUCGGCUGCUUUGCCUUUCAGCGAAACCCUCCUGGACCAAACCCCUUCCCCAGAGCGGGCAGGAGCCUUCGAGGCCCUGGGAGGAGAGGAGAGGGACGAUGCUCAGAGCUUUUUGUCUGGCUUUUUGCCUCCUUUCCAUCUCGCUCCGGGAGCCCACGUCCCCAAGGAGUGUUCCCCAGCGGUGGCCUCUGAGCCCUGCAGAUGCUUCACGGUGCCACAUCCUUCGUGGUUCCUCCUUCCUCGGAGCACCUGCUGCCUCGCUGGGUUGCAGGGCUGGAGGGAGGUGUUAAUUGGAGCACGUUUAAUUCAUGGGGCACAGGGCCGGGGGGUGUUGUCCGAGUGAGCUGGCUAUGAAUUCAGGUUGACGUUGAAGGCUUCCAGAACAGCUGGGAUGGGGUGUUUGAUGCUCAGUCAACUCCUUGCUGUGACCCCCACCUUGUGGGGGGCCCCACCUUGGGGUUUGGCAGCACCCACCACCCCAAAACCUCUCCAGCCUCUGGACAAGGGGCUGUGUGGUGCUGGGCAGCCUUCAGCCUCCCUCGAGACAUCCCCCCAGAGGUGCCUCUGCUCCCUAACACCAAGCCCUGGUUCUUCAGGUGGAACAAUUAAGGGUUUAACAGUUUUUUGGGGGGACACUUGUUGAAAGUAGAUGUCCUGCCCCACAUCUGGGCACGGAGGUCCAGGCUCUGCCUGGGGACCAGGGAAUGGUUUGUACCGAUUGCCAAACCUGAGCUGCUGCUCUCUGCCUUUGGCUCGGCGGGUUUAUUUCACUUCUCAGUGUCACCAGCUUGUUCCCCAGCCAGGAUGGCUUGGUGAUGGGGGGCUGCUUUGGGCUCUGCAUCAUCUUCUGCCUUCUCAGCCUGGCUGGUGGCGGGGAGGGGGCUGGGCAGGGGAGGGGGAUGCUGUUCACAGGGAAAAUACUGCACGAAUUUCUUCAGGGAGAGGAGGAAAGGCUGGGGAGAGGAGACCCCUUUUUGGUCCUGCACUACAGCACAGCAUCACCCCCCGAGCUGUGGAUGGGUGGAUCGAUGGGUGCCCGUGCAGGGAUGGGGGUCACUGGGUGCACUCCAUCCUGGACCAAGGAUGGGGGAUGUCACGGGGUUGGGACCGUGAGGGGAAAGGUCAGCCAAGGAGGGACAAGCUUGCUCUGUCAUGGCUGGAUUUGAGAUUGCAAGGUGGGGGACAGCCCCGGUGCCCCCCUGGAGAAGUGCCUGUCAGACGUGAGGGUGUGGGGAAGUGCAGAAGGUGGGGAGGAGAAGGGGGAAGGGAAGAGGGAGGAUGUGUCGGAGGUGUCCUGGAGCGCUGGGACAGGGCAGGGUCUGGCUGCUGCCCUGCAGGGGUGCAGGGAAGGGAGCGGAGGGGGCAUUGGCGUGCUGGGUGAGGGGCACUGGGCUGUGGGUUUCGGGCUGCUUCACCCUGCGUAUUCACGGGAGGCCUUGGCAUCCUUCGUGCACUGCCCUUGGUGCCUGCAAAGAGAAUAAUCCCCCCUGGCAGGGGGGCAGCACCCCAUACGCUGUGCUGAGUGCCUAUAGGUGAUCUAUGGAUGACUCCAGAGGGUCUGUGCAGGUGCUUCAGGGUGGGCAUACAAAAUCCCUCGUCGCUUGGGAUUCUUGUGGCUAUGGGGUGGUCCUGCCGGGCCCUCACUGGUGGUACACAUCACUUGUGGGGCUGGCUGGGGGGCACACCGGCUCUGCACCCUGCUCCAGGCACCAGCAGGCAGAGGACCAUCCGCUGCUCAGCAUGAGAUGUGGUGUCUCCCCCAGCUGUGAGUAAACAGUUGUGGAUUAUUAUUGUGGUUUUUUUUAAUCUUUUGGGGUUUUUGUUUGUUUUAUUUUUCUUUUCUUUUUUUAAUGCACUGUGCUCUGAUUAAAAAAUUUUACUACUGUUUUAUAAAUAAAUGUAUAAAAGAAUGAACUGGAAUGGAAGAAGAAUCAUUAAAAUAUAUUUAUUUACAACAUC